AGAUUUGAAACCAUUUUUCCACUUUGAGUUUUUUAUUGUUUUUAUACAUAUGCAAGCAAAACAAAAAAAUAUCAACAUAACUUACAACUGCACAGAGAGCUUACAUCCAGUAGUACAUUUGACUGUACUGCUGACCUGAACACUUCAAUACAUCAGUUUGCAAUCAAUAUUAUGUUAUCAAUCAAAUUUUACAUUAUACAUUUCUGAUGUAUUCACGUUUAAACUUACAUUUUCUUUCACUCUUAGAGAUAUAAGUAAUUUUUCCCAUCAAGAAUAUUUCCUAUAUAUAUUUAACUAGACUGGGUCCCAGACAUGUCUGGGUGAUAGAUAGAUAAAUAGAUACUUUAUUGAUCCCGAGAGAAAUUCAAGGUGGGUCCUUAUCAAGCCUUUUUCUUGUGAUGGUCUUCCUACUAGCUGUGAGUAAGUACUCUGGCUAAGUAAUUAUCUUCCUUCAGCACCACAUCAGUUAUAUUAACCAGUAUAGAAUUGAACAUUUUUUUAGGCAACUCCAGAAAAUAUGUGUAUGAUUGCAUCUGUAUGUCCACAUUGCCUCCAGCAUGUUUGCUGCCUUAAGAGCUGUUUACCUUUUAUGUUAGGUGUGAUAACGAAGAAGAAUAUUUUUCCCCCCAUGAAAUUCUCUCCAACUACCAUUCUUCAAUUUAAAACUGUUUUUAGAUGUUGUGUGCAAUAAACCAGGCACGGGAGAGUUGCUCAGAUGUUGAACCUACUUUAACAGCCUAUAGGGUGCGUGCUUGCUCCGUAGUUUUCUCGUUAAUGUGCGUAAUGACGCGUCCGUCUUCCAGCGCCUCUCCUCCCCUCCUCCCUCUGUCACAUCUGGAUCUGGCUCCUCUCAUCAGCACCACUCAGCAGCAGUAAGAGAGAGAGAGAGACAGAGGGAGGGAGGGUAACCACCGGAGAAGCGGAGGCUAGCUCGGUCGGUGCAGCCUCAUCCACAACCGAGCAGAAUCAAGGAGAGGACAGCGGGAGGACAUCUCACCUUCUCAUCCGCACUCACGCAUAUUGUGCAUCUCUCUGCCCUCCACCAGUUAUUUUUUUCCUUCUCCUUCUCUUCCCUCCUCUCGUCUUGACUAUGAUGAGCUCCAGCCUGCUGGAAAACCCAGUGCAGGCGAUUCUGUACCUGCGGGAGCUCACCACCAUCGUCCAGAACCAGCAGAGUCUCAUCCAGACGCAGCGCUCCCGGAUAGAGGAGCUGGACCGGCGUGUGGACGAGCUCAUCGGAGAAAACAGGCACCUGCGGGACGUUAGAGUACAACAGCAUCAUCCUUACCAUCACCAUCAUCACCAUCACCCCGACCCCAGCUGCCUACAGCACCACCACCACCCUCAGGACCCUCAGCUUAAGACUAGUGCGGGGUCUAAGCCAGAGCAUGCGGCUGCCCCAGUACAGGUCGAGGCGGCUCCGGUGGUCCAGCCAUCGCCUGCACAAACUAUGGACCCGGGGGACAUGCAGCUGGUCCCAGCCGAUGGAUCCACGAUCUCCCCGGUUGAAAGUGACCCAGAAAACUGCGGAAGUUUCCACAGCUGUCGCUCUUUGGUUCCGAUGACCCCCACAACCCUCUGUCGAUCCUUGGCCGUGGCAAGGAAAUCCGAGAGUGAUGUGCUGCAUCAGUUUUGCUGCCCCGCCCCUGAACAUCCAGAGACUGACACCACUGGCUCAUCCGGCGGACAGAUGCUGAGCCUGGAGGAUGGAACGUCCUCUGGCGGUGGACAUGAAGUGGAGGGGACCAAGAGAGAGGGACCCAGCGAGUACGAGAUCAGCCUGGAAAAUAAAAACAAACAGAUAGAAGACUUGGAGCAGAAAUAUGGAGGCCAUCUCAUAGCAAGGCGGGCAGCCCGGCGUAUCCAGACGGCCUUCCGGCAGUAUCAGCUGAGCAAAAACUUCCAGAAGAUCCGUAACUCUCUGUCGGAGAGUAAGUUACCCCGCCGGAUCUCCCUACGCCAGCCCAGCCCUUCAGGCCGAAACCGGAACUCAACCCAGAGACACAGUUACAGCCUGCAUCCAGGGGGAGGACAGAUACCUUUACGCUCCAAAACUCCUCCUCCACCCCCGUGUCGCUCCACCUCUCUGCCCCCUUCCCCUGCGUCUGCCCCAGGACCUGCUCCCUCUCCUGUCCUUGGCCAAGCCCCUCCUCAAACCCCUGGACAAACACUGACGCAGCUGGAGGACUGCUUCUCUGAACAACUUCAUUCUUUGGCCCAGUCAAUUGACGACGCCCUUCGUGGUUGGAGCUUGUCGGAGAGCGGGGAGAGUAAGGGGCUACUGAUGGACCCUGGCGCCCUUCGUGCAGCUGCUGAGAGCGCUUGUCUACCCCGCAGUGCCAGCUCACUGCUCAUGGCCUUCAGAGAUGUCACUGUUCACAUUGACAGCAAUAGCUCCUACACCAUCUCCUCCGCCACCACCACAACCACCACCUCCUUAGGCAAUGCAGGUGGAGGAGAGCCGGGCAGCAGGAAGACUUCUGUGAGUGGGAUGGCUGGGAGAGGAGACAGUCUGUCAGCAGAGGAACCAGAGUUUCCUGCACCUCCACCCAGCGAGGAGCUGGAAAUUGCUGAUUUUGGAUCCAGGAGGGGUUCAGCAGUGCCAGCUCAAGGAGGAGGAGGUGUGGAGGGGGAGAGUGGCUCAGAUAUACUGGGGUCCACCUCCACUUCUACCUCUACUUCCACCUCUAUCUCCACCUCAGCCCAGUCUAACCAGCAACCUGCACAGAUUUACACCCAGUACCAGCAGUACCACUACACUCAUCCUCAGCAGAUCCCCGGAGGGCCAAGCCCUGAGGCACUGCAGGCUCUUGUUGUCUCUCUGCCCAGGGACCGCUGCCAGGAUCCAGCCUCCUGCCGAUCGCCAACACUGUCCACAGACACACACCGCAAACGCCUCUACCGUAUUGGACUCAAUCUCUUCAAUGUGAACCCAGAGAGAGGCAUCCACUUCCUGAUCACGCGUGGUUUCGUCCCGGACACAGCAAUCGGAGUCGCUCACUUCUUGCUGCAAAGGAAGGGCCUGAGCAGACAGAUGAUUGGAGAGUUCUUGGGGAACAGCAAGCUGCAAUUCAACAGAGAUGUCCUUGAUUGUGUUGUGGAUGAGAUGGAUUUCUCAGGCAUGGAGCUCGACGAAGCCCUGAGAAAGUUCCAGGCUCAUGUCCGUGUUCAGGGAGAGGCACAGAAAGUGGAGAGACUCAUCGAAGCCUUUAGCCAGAGGUACUGUAUGUGUAAUCCUGAUGUGGUGCAGCAGUUUCACAACCCAGACACCAUCUUCAUCCUGGCCUUUGCUGUGGUCCUCCUCAACACUGACAUGUACUCGCCCAACAUCAAACCCCAGCGCAAAAUGGGCCUGGACGACUUUAUACGCAAUCUAAGAGGUGUGGAUGAUGGAGCAGACAUCCCCAGAGAGAUGGUUGCAGGCAUUUAUGAAAGGAUCCAACAAAGAGAGCUCCGCUCUAACGAAGAUCACGUCACCUAUGUGAGCCGCGUGGAGCAGUCCAUCUUGGGCCUGAAAACUAUUCUCGCUGUGCCCCACAGACGUCUGGUGUGCUGCUGUCGCCUGUUUGAGGUGCCUGACGCCAACAAGCCUCAUAAACAGAAACUGUCUCAGCUCCAGAGAGAGGUCUUCCUCUUCAAUGACCUGCUGCUGAUCCUAAAGCUGUGUCCUAAGAAGAAAAGCUCGGCCUCAUACACCUUCUGUAAAGCUAUGGGUCUUCUGGGAAUGCAGUUUCACCUCUUCAGCAAUGAAUACUAUGCCCAUGGCAUCACAAUGCUGAGCCCGUUUACCUCAGAGAAGAAGCAGCUGGUGAGUUUCUGCUCCCCGAGUGGAGACGAGCUCAGGAAGUUUGCGGAGGAGCUCCGAGAGGCUAUCACAGAGGUCAACGAGAUGGAGCAGAUACAUAUCCAGUGGGAGUUGGAAAGACAACAAGGCAUCCAGCCACAUGGCAUACACACCAAUGGCGGACAAGUGGACACACACACAGGACACGGCUCUCCCUCAGGCCUGCAGGAUCCAUAUGAUAAAACCGGCAACAACAACACAGUAGAGGUGUCAAUUCACAACAGGCUGCAGACCUAUCAACUGAGCCAGCCCAGCAUUGAGUCCACGCCUCUGGCCCUGGCUGCACCACCCGCUCUACUCAGCCCCGUCCAGCCCGGGGAGCUCCGCCCAGAAACCCUCAUCCAAUGCCAGCAGAUUGUUAAGGUGAUCGUUGUGGACCAGAGCGGGCGAGGGCGGAUGGAGGCAUUUCUCAGCCAAGGCCCGGCUACCCAUCAGCUCAUCCAAUCGGCCAUGUCCACGCCCGUGCAUGUCAGAGAGGGCGACGGCCCUCAGCCCCCUCUGCCGCCCCCUCCUCCACCUUACAACCACCCCCACCAGUUUUGUCCACCUGACUCACCCAUGCCCCUCCACCACACCAUGCCUCUCACCCGCAGGCGUAACUCCAGCGGCUCCCGCAGCAUUGUCUGAGUCGCCGGCUACUCAGAUACGAACCCUGAGGACCAGAUGGUCACAUUCACACACAACAACAAACUCAUGCUGGAGCACUAGGUGACUCACUUUGAAUGGUAAGAAAAACACUGCGAAAAAAAAGAGAAAAAAGGAAGGAAUAAACUGUACAAGUCAAAAAAAGGACAAAGAAAAGGAAGGAUCUAUUCAUAGUCUUGACUGAGUGGUGUUGUUUUUGAACAUCAAGUAGUUUUGAUGCCAUUUCUGGUAGGCUUCUCAUCUUUCUUUUGUCUCCGACAUAUCACCCCAGUACCUGAUGGUGUUGUCUCUCUAGAUUUCACACUCUUCAAAAGAUCUUGUGACUUUGCAUUUUUAAAUGUCACCUGUCCAACAAAUGUGUUUGCGAGCUAUGACCGUGAAACCGAGGGGCAACGUCACUCCAGGAACUCUGAAAGGACAUCAAAUCGCUUUAUAUAUAAAGGACAAAACUCAGUUUACACCUCUGUUUGGUCCAGGUUUUCAGUAUUAAAUAUCAAACUCAUUUCAGAAGAGCUAAACUAGCUUCUCCUCACUGUAAAAAUCUCGGCAUAAUGUGAAGAAACAAGAGUACCCGCUUAUUUGUUUCCUCCAUUUUCUAGGGAACAGAUAAUCAGAAUAUGUGAGGAAGAAGGCGAAGAAAAGGAUAAAAUAUCUCUACCCUGUCAUGUGCAGUGUAGUGUAACAAGCAAGGAUGUUGCCACUCACUAAACUAACCUAAAACCAUAUCCUGACGACAAUCAUAUUUUCUCAUGCUUUGGAAAACUUGUGUGAGCAGAUGUCUUCACAGUAGUGUGUGACUGCCCCGAUGCUGUAGUGUUUUGCUCUUGCAGAGCUCAGGAAAGGAUUUGCUGCACUGUAACAUGUAAUUUCUGCACCUCUGAGUCGUAUUGAGAGCAAGCGUGCUUGUGUAGUGUGUGUUCAGUCUGCUUACUCAUGGGCAACAGAGAGUAGGACUGGUAAUUUAUCUAAAACAAGACUAAAAGAGCCAGCUGAAGACUUUCUUCUCCUGUAUAUUUACUCCUAAUGGGUUACAUUGUGUGAAUACUGUUUUUACCCUUGGAUUUAGGCAAUAUCUCUGCCCAGAAAACUAUUAGCUUUAGUUAAAAAAUGAAUAUCCUGCACAGGGUAAAUGAAGGUCACCUUACAAAAGCAUCACUCCCCUCUCAUGUAUUAUAUUUUUCCUUGCACACUGAAGAUGUUUUAAAAGCAGAGAUGCAUUCCUUUGCUGAAUGUUAAUCAGGGGGAAAACCGAAGAGGUCCAUAAGAUAAUAUGAUUUCAUCGCCGUGUCGUUUGUCCAGUGUUGACGGUUUGAGUUUGAGCCAGUUUGUACAGCAGACCACACAUCCAACUGAGACACACCGGACACGUCUUGUACCUUUUGCACCACAGAAUAUAUUGGAUAUAUUGUAAAUAGAUAAUAUAGAUUUAUUCUGCAAAAGUGAUUGGUUUGCCCAGUGUGUGUAUCUACAUAUGUAUUUGUACAGAGAAGAUCUAGUUUAAAAGAAAAAAAAAGGAUAUUAUAGUUAUUAUAGUUAUUAUUAUUAUUAAUAUUAUUAUUCACAUUUAAUAUCAGGGGGUGUCCUAAAUCCUACUGCUACGAGAGACAGGAAACAGGCAGCUUUUAUAGAAUACACUCCAGUUACCAUGGUAACAUACACGGAUAUUAAUACAGAUUUGCAUUCAUCAUUAAAUUACCAUGUCAUGUUAUUAUAGGAUUAUUAAGAGAUGGCUGUGUCACCUGUUAAAGGUGUGAAAAGGGCUAUGCUGUAUUGGUGAAUACAUACAGUAAACCACAGGUCAUGCACACGAACACACACCCACACACACUCACACAGGUAACAGAUACAGUAUAUAUAUAUAUAUA